CACGGCAACUCUAGGAACCGACCCGAAUCCGACCUGUUGGAAUGCGACCCAUUGCGACCCUGAUUUACGGGGUUAGGCCCACCUGAUGGACAGAUUGAAUCUCGCACACGUCACGCGUGUGGAAUAAGCAAACCAGAUGAAACUGGAGCGGGCAGAGAGAUGAAGAGAGAGGGAGAGGAUCCUCGUGUGUUUGUUGUUGCCUUUGAAUCCGCUGCUGCAGCUGCUCUUCUUUCCGAAGAUGAGAAUUCACGUAACCGCUUCUCUUCCAUCCUUAUUGACAGCCCUAGUUGUGCUCUCAUCUUUUCUAUGGACAAUACACUGCCAAUCUCAAACACAAAGGACUAGUAGCGGCAGUAAUAGGGUUGAAGAAGAAGAAGGGCGUCGGUUUCUUCUGAGUUUCCGAGAAAUUGGUGGGAACACAUCCUUCGAAUGCUCUCCGUCAGGACCCUGCGUCGCCUGUCAAUAUUCUGAGAAGAACGAUGAAAAGUAUCGCUGCAGUGAAACUGGCUAUCGUAUUCCUCUGAAAUGCAUUGAAAUUGGGGGUGUCUCAAAGGAAACAAAAAGCAAUAAAUUUCGGAAAAGGCGGUCUGUGUUAGAAGAUGGCGCUAAAUUUAAGUCUUAUAUCCACCCACGAGUGCAUGCUGCACUAAGACGUCUGAGAUGGAGGAGAUUACUGGAUGUCUCAUUCACAUCGGAGGGUGGGAAACAGACUUACAUUACUUAUAGGAGCUGUGUACCGGCAGUAGCAGAGGAAAAGUUGACAGUUCUAGGUUUUGAGGGAAUCAUGGUGGUUCUAUUACUUGUAAGCGGACUGGUUGUAUAUUUCAGGCGAAAACGUACUGUUGCCAUGUCGGGUGUAGGGGCAGUGAGAAUCCCAACGAAUUCUAGGUUCUAGCUCAGAUGUACGGACAUCCUCUCUGUUAAAGCCCAAGCACUCCAUUUCCUAGCAAGCGGCUUCCUACAGGCUUUAGGGUCGGGGGUAUGUAGGAAAGUAUUCUAAUUCACUGGCUGUUGUAGUCUUCAUUGUAUUGAUUUAACAUGAUUUCUUAUGUAAGCUUUUAUGGUCUGAAGAAUAGGUGGUUCCCCACCUUCAAUCCUCAUUUUGUGUUUUUCGAUUAUCUGGAGAUGUUGGGCUGUCCAAAACAGCAUUUCAGGUUCAUCCCAGCAAAUAUGUAAGUGUGACAACCUUUCAGUGACCCAAGACCAUUUCUUCAUCUGGUGGGCCACACUAUAAAUUAGGUGCAUUUAACAGUCCACAUUCAAUAAAUAGACCAAAUCUAGUUUUAAAAAAUUUCAGUA